ACACGAUUACCCUCUACACACUUACCGUGAAGAGGCAGGCGAGGAGGGCAGCAGAGGACGAAGAUGUUUUCAACAACCCUGCGGAGCAGUUCUCUCGCUGCAGGACCCACACUUCGGCGAUGUCUGGCAACACACGCGCCGUCUUAUGAAAAGGACUGUUCUUCGAUCACCCCACCAUAUACUCAGCUUAUUGAAAAAUUGGAACGCGUUCGCGAGCUGCUUAACAACCGACCAUUGACGUUGGCUGAAAAGAUCUUGUACAGUCAUCUCAAUGACCCGGAGAAGAGCUUGUCUGGAGGAGGGAAGAUCAGGGGUGAAAGCUACCUACAGCUCACGCCUCAGCGAGUCGCAAUGCAGGACGCUUCCGCCCAAAUGGCCUUGCUUCAGUUCAUGAGUGCCGGGCUCUCUCGUUGUGCUGUUUCAACUAGCAUACACUGUGACCAUCUCAUCCAAGCUGUUGAUGGUGCGGAAUCUGACCUGAAGAGGUCGAUUGCCUCCAAUCAAGAGGUGUUCGAUUUCCUUGAAAGUGCCGCUCGCAAGUACGGCAUCGAAUUCUGGAAACCAGGCUCUGGCAUCAUUCACCAAAUCGUACUUGAGAAUUAUGCCGCUCCAGGAAUGCUCAUGCUAGGCACAGAUUCGCACACGCCUAAUGCCGGAGGGCUCGGUCUACUGGCCAUUGGUGUUGGGGGUGCUGAUGCAGUCGACGCCAUGACUGGAACUCCCUGGGAACUGAAGGCCCCCCAAGUUGUUGGCAUACACUUGACCGGGAAACUCAGUGGUUGGGCAACACCCAAGGACUUGAUUCUUCAUCUUGCUGGCAAGUUGACAGUCCGGGGAGGCACUGGACGCAUUUUGGAGUACUUCGGUCCUGGUGUGGCUAGCCAGUCAUGCACAGGUCUCGCUACGGUUGCUAACAUGGGAGCUGAAGUCGGCGCUACGACCUCGACUUUCCCUUACACGGAGAAUAUGCAUGCGUACUUGAAUGCAACAGGACGUGCGCCUGUCGCUCGUGCUGCUGAUAUGGCUGCAUCGACGGGCUUCCUGAGCGCCGAUGAGGGUGCAGAAUAUGAUGAAGUCAUUGAAAUCAACUUGUCCGAGCUUGAACCAACUAUCAACGGCCCUUUCACCCCUGACCUGGCAACACCUUUGUCGAAGUUCGGGUCCUUUGUGAAAGAACAAGGUUGGAAGGACGAGCUUUCCGCUGGCCUUAUUGGUUCGUGCACCAACAGCUCAUACGAGGACAUGACGCGAGUGGCAGAGCUGGCGAAACAGGCAAAAGCUGCUGGCUUGGUUACCAAGGUUCCUUUCCUUUGCACUCCUGGUUCGGAACAGAUUCGUGCGACCAUGGAGCGUGACGGAGUUACAAACACUUUGCAAGACGUCGGCGCUGUUGUUUUGGCAAAUGCGUGCGGUCCUUGUAUUGGUCAAUGGAAACGAGAUGAUAUGAAGGGUGAAGAAAAUGCUAUUUUGACAUCUUUCAACCGGAACUUCAAGUCUCGCAAUGAUGGAAACCAGCUAACUAUGAACUUCCUCGCGUCGCCUACGAUUGUGACAGCUAUGGCAUUCUCUGGCUCACUGUCGUUCAACCCCAUGACGGACACCCUGACUCUGCCCUCUGGCAAACCGUUCAAGUUCGCUCCGCCCGCUGGGCAGGAUUUACCAACGGAAGGUUUCACUCAAGGCAACACUGACUACUACCCUUCUCCCACACCAGAGCCACAACCUGAAACUGAGGUGAUCAUUAGUGCAGACUCUCAGCGUCUCGAACUGUUGGAGCCUUUCCAAAGUCAUUUCGGCAAAGAAACCGGCAACGAAAGGGGUCUGGAACUCCCGCCCUUGAAAGUGCUCAUGCGCGUAAGAGGGAAGUGCACUACUGACCACAUUUCUGCGGCUGGCCCUUGGUUGAAAUACAAGGGACAUCUCACUAACAUCUCUGAAAAUCUUCGUAUGUCUAUGCGUACGGCUGUGAACGACGAAGGGGGCGAUGUGAAUGUUGCGUUCGACCAUGAUCGUGACGCUGGCGAGACUGAGAGCGACACCAUUCCGGGAGUCGCAAAACGGUUCAAAGCUCGCGGUCAGCCUUGGACCCUGGUCGUUGAUGACAAUUACGGCGAAGGUAGUGCCCGUGAGCAUGCUGCACUUCAGCCUAGAUUCUAUGGGUGUGCAAUGAUCGUCGCAAGGUCUUUUGCUCGAAUCCACGAGACUAACCUAAAGAAACAAGGAGUCCUCCCCCUUUGGUUCGCCGACAAGGCUGACUACUCUCGCAUCGGAUCAGGCGACAUGGUCGAGACUAUAGGCCUGGCAGAUCUUAUCGAGGGACGACAAAACGCCGCAGUUAAGCUCAAGGUCACCAAGCGCACCGGCGAGGUAUUUGAGAUACCCACAAAACACACCAUGUCGGAGGAUCAGUUGAAGUGGUUCCUCGCUGGCUCUGCCCUCAACUUUAUUCGCUCACAGAUGUCAUGAUGAGCCGGUCAUUACAUUUCUAAAUCGUAAUGUACAAAAAUUGCGAGUGGAUAUCAUUAGGGGAAUAUAUACUACCAUUAGCUCGUUAAAGAUUG